GUCUCAAGGUCCCCUCAGUUGCUAGUGUCAUUUAAAGACGUUAAUUUAAAGUCAUGAUGAUAACGGUGGCGGGUGAUUGCUAACUGUCCAUUUCUUUUCGUUCGUCUGUCCAUGAACAUACAAACAACAAGUGCUUGGCGUGCCCCUCGAGGUGUGGCACGAGGGGGGUUGUGUGUUUGUGUCAUGCAUAUUGAACAAAUAAGCCAAUCAUGCCUUCUCUCGCGCCUUGCCCUAUGAGUUGUGACGUCACGUGAACUGCCCGUGUUCGUUCCAGCUGAGAGGACAGCCGUCGCGCAGCCCAAAUCCAAGCCCGUGCUUCAGUACAUUGGCUACACAAAGUACGCGGGGAAAAGAGGACCCCCCCCUCCCGAAAGAACGAUAGAGCGACAGGAAAGCUUAAAGAAAAAAGUAAUACAGCUUGUCACCAGACAAAUAGCGCGCGUACUCAGAGCCUUCUCCGCUUUUCGCUCUUCAUUAUUUGUUCAUUUGGCAUUGUGGAGCAGGACAUUCUAUUUCCUUGCUUCGAGUUUCAUUUUGAUCAUAUUUGAAUCGUCAUUUUUUGAGGUGUUGAUCAACUCAGGAUAUUUUUCGACAACAACUUAUUGAUCUCCAGCUCGGAUUUUAUUUUGUCCACCUUUGAAUUGACCAUGGGCACCAGUCAUUAGUUUGACGUGUACAACUGGUCUCUAUUGGAGAAUAACAUCUUGAUCUGCACCGGGGAUUUAAAAUAAUAUAGUGUUGCACCAUAUCUACUGGAAUAGUGUCUAUUAUAAUGAUACAACAGUGGAUAUAAUAACACUUCAUAGCCUAAAUAGAGGGAAAGCGGUGAUCAAUCUGCCAGUCGUUUCGACUCCGCCUGCGCCUCAGGAUCCUAAUCAACAACCAGGUCCGGCCAACUAUGUCCAGGCAGCUCACCCAGCUCCUGACCCCGGACCUCCCAGCCGGCGCUAGCCGGCAGUUCGGGAAUUGCAACCAGUCUGGUGGCUCCAUCAGCGGUGGACACCUCAACUCCAUGGCUAGUUUGAAAUCCCUCCUGCAGCAUCCGAUGAAGGGAGACCGUGCAAUUGUCAAAGACUGCUGCGACGUUAAAGACAAAGACAGAACCAUCACAGACAUGGAUGAGGACUCCUUGGGUGGCGGGAACGGCGGCUGCAACAUGCGUACCGGCAGCAGCGGGGUGAGCAGCAGUAACAGUAACGGCUGUGGCAGCGGAGGAGGAGGUGGAGGAUCAGGUGGAGGAUUUAACCAGUCUGCGUUCCUGGGACCCCUCCUGUGGGAGAGGACCCUGCCAGUGGAAGGAGGCCUCUUCCAGCUGCAGUACAUGGACCUGGAGGAAUUCCUCACAGAGAACGGCAUGGGCGGUGUCCACGGCCAAAACAGUUCCAGUACAGCCCAGAUCCCGUCCCAGAGUUCCCAGUCGGCGGUGCCCAAUCAGAGUUCCCAGUGCCCCCCCUCAUCGCCCCCACCCUGCUCUUCAGCCUCGUCAUCCUCAUCUUCCCCGUCGCUCAUCGGCCUGGAGGUGGCCCAGUCCAACAUGCAGGGAGGACUUGACUAUGGUGAGUAACGCGAACCGGAUGUCGGA